GCUCCAUACUCAUCCCCGGCACCCCUAGCUCCGUUGGCUCCCCUUUCCUCCUAGUGUCCCUUCUCGGUUCUCUCUGUCCCGUCAGUACUCUUUCCUCAUGCGCUGUGCGUGCCGCGUGGCCUCACACCGUGCAGCCUCCCCCGGGAUGCUCGUCUUACUGUCAGGCAACGGUGGGCCAGAGGCUGAGCCUGGACCAGGGCCUGGGCAGCACAGGGGAAAGUUCCCAGAGUGCUGUCAGCCCACCGAGUGGAGUUCAGCCUCGAGAAACCACAGAGCUGGUGUUCUGCCUUGCUGCUGCGCUGUCAGGAACGGGGCGCUGCCACAGCGCUGUGUAGUUCUGCGUUUUCUGAAGUUUCCUCCAAAUAAGAAGAAGACCUCAGAAGAGAUACUUCAGCAUCUGCAGAACAUAGUAGACUUUGGCAAAAAUGUCAUGAAAGACUUUUUGGGAGAGAACUAUGUUCAUUGUGGGGAAGUUGUUCAGCUGCCUUUAGAGUUUGUGAAACAACUCUGUUUAAAGAUACAGUGUGAAAGACCAGAGUCCCGUUGUGACAAGGACCUGGACACAUUCAGUGGUUAUGCUAUGUGCCUUCCCAAUUUAACCAGACUUCAGACCUUCCACUUUGCAGAGCACCGGCCGAUUCUGUGUGUAGAGAUUAAGCCAAAAUGUGGGUUUAUUCCUUUCUCAAAUGAUGUUACCCACGAGAUGAAGCACAAGGUGUGCCGAUACUGCAUGCACCAGCACCUCAAGGUAGCAACUGGAAAGUGGAAGAAAAUCAGUAAAUACUGUCCCCUCGACCUCUACUCAGGAAAUAAGCAGCGCAUGCACUUUGCCCUCAGAAGUCUGCUGCAGGAGACACAGAAUAAUCUUAGGAUAUUUAAGAAUGGAGAGCUGAUUUAUGGUUGUGGUGAUGCCCGGAGCCCUGUGGCUGACUUGAAGGAGCUUGCACACCACCUGAAGCCCUUCUUCUUCCCUUCCAACGGCUUGGCCAGUGGGCCUCACUGCACGAAGGCUGUGAUCCGUGAGCUGGUGCAUGUUAUCACCAGGGUGCUGCUGAGCAGCUCAGAAAAAGCCCGAGCUGGUGCCCUGAGGCUUGGGCUCCAGGGCCCACGAGUCUGUGAAGCCAGUCCUUUCAGCAGGAGCCUACACAACCAAGGAAAAAACACCUCAGAGCACUCGGGGUUACCGAAGGGCUGUCUUCUGUACAAAACCCUCCAGGUGCAGAUGUUGGACCAGCUGGACAUCGAAGGCCUCUACCCUCUGUACAAACGGGUUGAGCAAUACCUGGAGGAGUUUCCUGAGGAGAGGAAAACAUUACAGAUAGAUGGGCCUUAUGAUGAAGUAUUUUACCAGAAACUGCUUGAUCUGUCCACUGAGGAUGAUGGGACAGUGGCCUUUGCAUUAACAAAGGUGCAGCAAUACAGAGUAGCCAUGACUGCCAAGGACUGUUCCAUCAUGAUCGCACUUUCCCCUUGUCUACAGGGCACCAGCUCUGACCAGAGGCCUGUUAUUCCUUCGUCAAGAUCCCGGCUGGCCUUCUCUGUGUCUGUAUUGGACCUCGACCUCAAGCCCUAUGAGAGCAUUCCUCAUCAGUAUAAACUAGACAGCAAGAUAGUCAACUAUUACUCAAAGACUGUGCAUGCCAAAGAUGACACUGUGAGGUCGACUCGGUUCAAGGAACAUGAAGAUUGCACAUUAGUUCUCCAUAAGGUCUAACUUUUCCCCUGCGGUGUCUUUGAAACUUGAAUGUGAAAGUUGAAUGGCAGAGCUAUUUUCGGUUGUGUUGGGUGACUUGGCUGUGAAUGUCUUUGCUUUUAACCCGGGUCUGCUGAGGUUAGACUGCCUCUCCAAGACAAGGAGUUGAAAGCCCUAUAGUCUUCUAGGACGAGGAAUGUAGGACGUGAGGCUGUGUCCCAGCAAGCCAUCCGUUUCCUUAGAGUGCAAAUGUCCCUUGAGCCCCAGGCAAACAUCCUGGGUGGUUCUUCCAAGCAGAGCUCACGUCCAGUUCUCAUACGAAAGCCUUAUUAUUAGGACCCACGCUUUGGAUCUCCUACCACCAGACCAUUGACACAGAAACUUGAAUUGUUACGAGUAGCUUACGGUUUGGAUUUUCACGAAAAUAUGGAUACUACUGGAACUUUCCCAGCUGUUAACUGGUCACUUGUUCAAUGCAAGUCACAUAUCAACACAGGCUUUGGGUGGUCCCCUGCCGCAGAGCGGUUAGGGCUUAGUAUGGACAUUGGUUCUGAGGGGUUUAGACUUAGGUCCCUGUGGAGGUACCGAAGCCCAUAGCUUUGUACUGGGGCAGCAGCAGGGAACACAGGACUCAGGUCAGGAUGGACACCACUCACAUGAGCAUUUUUUUUUUUUUUAAAUUCUUUAUGAUUUUAACUCUAGGGUUGCUGAGGCGUUUUUUCCUACCUGACAUUGCUGCUGUAGAGGCUGGAGGCAGAGCUGUAGUUCAGAGCUGCUAAGGUCUGCUGCGUGGGUGUCCUGACAGCCCAGAGUUUUCUUGGCAUUCUGGUGUCUUGGAUGGUUGAGGAUCAAGGUUUCCCUUCCUCCUAAGCCACAUUCAUCCCUGGGUUAGCUCUGAGGCAUCCUGGGUAUUUGGGUCUAGGGCCUUACUGUUUUCAUCAGGGCUAGAUAGAAGGCUCCUAGCUGGCACUGAGAAUUCUACGGGGUCACCAGAAGUGUGCCUGGCUGCUAUGAAAUCAUUGGGAGUUUUUGUCUUCAUUUGUUUUUGAAAUCCUAUGGUAGGCUGUACAGAUUGAUUAUUUAUAUCAUCCUUUUGAGAGACUAAUGAAGGCUUAUUGUAAUAUAGUAGUAAAACCAUGGAACUGUAUGAAAAAUACUACAUGAAAAAUGAAGAAAAUAUUUUGCUGAUUGUAAACUUUUGUGGGAAAUUUUGUGAUAAUUUGAGAAUUAUACUUGUUUGAAUCAAGCAACAUCCUAUAGAGUUUGUUAAAUUCUGUCCUAAUAUUCUAGCUCUUGAACACUCAGGUAAAGACAGACACUUGUACAUUUGGAUCGUUCGAUUUUUUUUAAACUGGUGUAUGCAAACAAGCAUAUGUGCCUAUAUCCUUCACCUGAGUCACAUGCUUGAAGGUCAUGGUUUUGUUUUGACUCAGGGAUGCCUGCUGUGGAGGUGGACUAGGGGUAUAUGUUUGUGUGUGUCUUUGGUUGUCUGAGGCCAUAGUAAUGAUCUAAGAUAUGGCUGGGUCCCAGGCUCUCAGAGCAGUUUCACAGAAACCUGUAUUUCUAGAAUGCUGGUCUGUUUUAGAGAAUUAUAAUUUUGCAAGAGGCCCUGUCUUGGAUAGAUAGGUAGAUGGAAACAAACAGUGUCUCCUGGAGUAAAGAACACAGGUGGAGCACCCCGCCAACAUGUACAGGGCUCUCCUCCAACCAUACUCCUAAUUCUGCUUGGUUCAGGAUACCCACACCAACCCCUCAUCUUGGCAGCACAUCAGGUAACUGAGGCACUCACCAAACAAUAUAGCUCUGUGUCUGAGAUAAUGCGGCCUUAGCCUGGGUAGUUCUUAUGUGGUACGGGGGGAUUGGACUUAGGGGCCUUGCACAUUUUAGGCAAUUGUUCUACUAAGAUGGAGGUAUAAUCUAGCCUUUGUUUUCUGAGACAGUGGCUCACUAUAUAGCCAAGGCUGCUUUAAACUUUGGUUGCUCUUGUGUGCUGGAAUUAUAGUUAUGUACCACCCUCAGGCUGUGGGUGUGUCUUCAAGUUUCCAAGUAAAGGCAACAGUGCUACUUCUGUAGGAGACCGAGAGGAGUAUCGGGGCUUGCUGUGAGAUUUCUGCUGGGCAGACCAGAUGGAUAGCUUUGGGUUUUUCUGUGUCCCAUGCUGUCUUGGGCCAACCUGAUGUGAGGUUGACCGCUGAACACAGCUCUUUCACACUCAUUUGAGAAUGGACAACCAUUCUUGGAACAUUUUCUCAAAUACUAAACUUAACUGUACAAAGCACUAUACUAUUAACAUAUCUUAAUAGCUUUAUUUUUUUUUAUGCCAUGGGAGUUCAUAUGUAAUAUACCACUAAUGCACACAAACUCAUGUCUGAAGGAUAUGGUUUCUAAUUGGAAAAGAGAAAUGCUCAUAGUCAACAUAUUUUGAAUGUUCCUCAGCCCAGCAAUGUUCCUGUGUGUUUGCCAGCGGGAGACUAGUUGUUAUCUCCACUGAACAAUCUUAUCAGGCUGUCUAGAGCAGCUUCAAUACCAAGUACACCUAGCAGGCUUCGGAAACUGAGAGGAGCAGUUUCUAUGACUCUGUUCUUGUCCAGUCCUAGGGCUGUGAAGAAAACAAACCUGGUAAGAAACAUCAGAAUGUCUUAAGACAGCACUUCCCCCCAAUAGCCACACAGUGGAAAGCACAGACUGAAGACCAAGGGGCAAUGUCACCUGUAACCCAAGGCAGAGAAAAUGCCGCCUUCCACACAUCCUGCAAAGGCUUCAGGAAAGUGGCUUCUUCUUGUGUGUUUGGGUGGUUACUGAUUAAAGUAUAUUAAAAGCUGAUCUACAAAGUGCA